AUGGAGGCAUCCAACCUUCAAAUAUACUGGCAUGAAUCCCAGCCAAUUUAUAGUUUAUGUUUUCAGUCGACUGGGCCGCCGAAGGCUCGAAGGCUCGUCACUGCGGGAGGCGACAAUAAAAUACGAGUGUGGCAGCUGAACUUCGAAGAGCGGAACGCUUUCAGAGUCGAUAGCAUCGACUUUCUCUCUUCGCUUACACAGCACGAACAAGCAGUCAAUGUUGUGCGAUUCAACUCUACAGACGACAUUUUGGCUACAGCUGGGGACGACGGACAGCUUCUUCUAUGGAAGAAAAACGAUUCCAUGGCAAAAGAGUUUGGAGUUGAUGAAGAGGAGUUUGCAGAUUUUAAAGAAUCAUGGCACGUAUGGAAGCGCCUGCGGCCAGCAACGACGGGAGGAGCUUCUGAGAUUUACGAUCUAUGUUGGAGCCCGGACGAUAACUACAUCGUAACAGGGUCUAUGGAUAACAGUGUGCGCGUGUUUGAUGUCAAUGAAGGUUCCUGUGUUGCGUCCGCUGUUGACCACAAUCAUUACGUGCAGGGCGUUGCUUGGGAUCCUCAAAACGAGUUCAUCCUGUCCCAAUCAGCGGACCGGUCAGUCCACUUACACAAGCUGGUGCGAGACGCCGGUGGUGCUAUAUCGGGUUUGAAAUUCUCCAGCAAAAUAACCAAGGGUGACCUGCCUUGCCGAAAAGCACCAAACUCUACAGAGCUGGAACUUGACAAUGUCAAGUCUGCAUUUUUAUUCCAUAACGAAACAUUGCCAUCGUUUUUUCGAAGACUAGCGAUUUCGCCUUGUGGGAAUCUAGUAUGUGUUCCAGCAGGAAUUUUCAAAAACUGCGAUAGCCAAUCUGAGAGUGGCAAUGGUAACGAUGAGCUGGCUAAUGCGGUAUAUCUUUUUACAAGGGCUUAUUUGGAGAAACACAACAAUAGGCCGUCCCUUGUAAUACCCUUCUUGAAGAAGCCAGCCCUCGUUAUUUCAUUCAACCCUCAUCUCUAUCAGCUUUCUAAACAGGACCAUCCAUGUGUUAAACUACCUUAUAAGCUUUUGUUUGCUGUUGCCACUUCUGAUGAGGUUUUGAUAUAUGACACGGAAACCGCUAAACCAGUUUGCAUAGUGGGGAAUCUACACUACACACCUAUAACGGAUCUGUCGUGGUCCAAGGACGGCGCGAUGCUAAUGAUCUCAUCGACUGACGGGUUCUGCUCCUAUAUCUCUUUUAAAAACGAAAUGCUGGGGAACCUAUACGAUAAUGAAGUUCAAAAAGGUAUUCAAACCAAUGAGGCUAUUUCAACGGCACCUAUCAAAAAGCCGUCUAUUGUAAAUAUCUUGCCCAUCAAGAGGAAAUCCUCACCUAGAGACAAAAAUCCUUCGGAACAAAUAACUUCUGCACAAGUCGAAAGUAAAGUGCAGGUGCAGCAAGUAUCGAAUAUUUCAAAGCCUAGUGAUAGCCAUGAUGAAACGAAACCCACUAAGCGCAGGGUUAAGCCAACGCUGCUUCUGUAA